AUGGCGUCACAGCAAAAUAUUUCUGUGGCAAACAAAACUGAAAAACCUUGGAAACUUUCAUGUGAACUGCAUGCAAAGAAAUUACUACGAGUUCUUAAUGACACAAGAAGCUGUGAACAUUUGUGUGAUGCUGUUGUCAUUAUUGAUGGAGAGGAAAUUCUUGUUCAGAAGAAUAUCUUAUCCGCUGCAAGCGAAUAUUUUCGAAGUAUUUUCACUUAUGAGCAUUCGAAAGCAGUUGACAAGGGUGAUACAAAUGAAAGGAAUAUGAGAAAAGUGUGUAUAGACUUGACGACUAAUGAAAUAACGGCAGACACAUUUCGAAGUAUCCUCGAUUAUAUUUACACAUCGGAGACAACUUUGUGUUCAGAAAAUAUUCAAGAUAUUCUGCAGGCAGCUGACGUGUUUCUGCUCACUGAUCUCAAGUUGGCGUGCUGUCAGUACUUGGAGGAGUGCAUCGCUCCUCACAAUGUCAUCGGGAUUCGUGAGUUUGCCGCUCGCUACUCCUGUCCCUGGAUCCACAGCAAGAGUACUCGCUACUUGGACAAACACUUUAGAGAUGUAAGUUUUUCAGAGGAAUUCCAAAAUCUCUCGUUCUCCUCGGUCUGUGAGAUUUUGACUCGCAACACGAUAAUGGUGAGAGUGGAAGAAGACAUUGUUGAAGCCAUUCUCAGAUGGGUGAACUUUGACCUGCCUGAAAGAAAGAGCCAGUUACAUCCAGCGGUUAUGAGAUGUGUGCGAGCCAGUCUAGUGAAGGACCAGAGUGUUGCUAGGUUACUGGAAGAUUACCCACUACUCCAUGAUGAAGGCAGUCUUGUACAGUGUAUUCAGCAAUUACGCCGCACGGCUCAAGAACCACAGUGUCGUGGAUCAAGCCCUGUAAUCAUUCUGUGUGGUGGGAAGGGUCAACCUACAGAUCCUCUAGAGAGUGCCGACAUCAGAGCUUGUGUCCGCUUUGCCAAGUACCGGAGGUUCCACGAAAGCGCUACCGACACGUGGAUGGAGAUGUCUCCCAUGCAGGUUCCUCGCACUGGACAUGGUUUCACUGAAGCAGAAGGAUUUCUGUAUGCUGUUGGUGGAAUUGACGGAAACCAUCAGAUUCUCAAGAACGGGGAGAAAUACGAUCCCCUACAGAACACCUGGUCACCCAUUGCCCCAAUGGAACACUCGAGGUCCAGAUUCGGUCUGGUUACCAUUGACGACAACAUCUACGCCAUCGGCGGCAGCAGUGAUUUGUCGUCGCAACCGCUGACGACGAUGGAGGUGUACAACAUCUUCACCAACAGGUGGCGCACCCUUCCCGACGUGCCCAUCAAGCGGCUGUGGUCGAGCUACGCGAGCCUCAACAAGAAGAUCUAUGUGAUCGCGGGGCACACGAGCACCAAGUUCUACGAGGCCGUCGAGUGUUUCAACACGAAGACCGAGACAUGGGUGUCCGUGUGUCCCAUGCGAGAGCGGCGCUGCGACGCGCGCGCGGUGGCCGCCGAUGGGGACAUCUUCGUCGUCGGCGGAUACAGGAAGAUAGAGUGUCCCGGCAUGAUGCACUCGGACAGCAGUUUCAAGUUCUGCGGGACGGAGGUCUACACGCCAGAGGUGGACUGCUGGGUUUCGCUGACCACCCCAAACGGAGCCCAGGCUCUGUGCACCAUGCAGGAUAACUCGUACGUGGAAGGGGCGGUCGCCUGCCAGGAUGAAGUUCUGGUCGUCGGCAACCUCGAUGUCGGUAACGGCAGUCACUGUGUCAGGGCCUACAACAGACAGACAAGAAAAUGGCGGUGUGUCAUGGCAACACAGCCGACCAAUCAGUGGUCGUACCAGGUGGCCAUGCUGCUGAUGCCAAAUGCUACUCUUAGCAAGAUUCAGUGGGAUCAAGGACAGCUGUAUUUUAGAGAUAUUAAGCAAACAUGAUGGGGGAAAGUGGUUUAGUGUGUGGGGACACAUGCAUUGCAUGUGUGUGUGUGUUAUUACUUCAACUGCCUCUUAACCAUGUUAUAUGGGUUGGAAUGUAACUCGGGGGAAGAGUGCUCACCUGAGAUGUGAUGAAUCACCCAACUGGUUGUCAUUGAUGGACUUGGGGGUAUUUUUGCCUGUUCCAACCAGUGCAUCAUGCGUGGUACAUCACAGGUCAUGGUAUGUGGUCCUGUCUAUGAGAAAGUGCAUACAAAAGAUCCUGAAAUUAUACGAUGUAGAAAACAGAGCAAUACUUUAACUACAGUUAAAAAAAAGAAGAUAAAAUAUAUAUAUAUAUAUAUACUAGUAUAUAUUUCCAGACUAAUCACACUUUAAAGGCAUACUGUCACGGAUUAAAGGCAUACUGUCACGGAUUAAAGGCAUACUGU